GGAGAGGGACUUUUGGCAGGGGCAUGUAGUGAAAUGACAAGGGGAAAUGGCUUUAAACUGGAAGAGGGCAAAUUCAGAUUAGAUAUUAGGAAUAUAUGAGGGCUGUCUAGGUUACAGGUGUUACACGUGACACAUCAGGACCAUUUACACCUCAGAGAGAUGAAUACAGGACAGAAAAUCACACAGUGGCCAGCCUGGUUAUGACAAAAUGCUGAUACCAAAUUCCAUAGUUGGUGAUUGCUGUGGACUAGCUCAGUAAGUCUCCAUCCAGCCCCCACGGGAUGGGUGCUUGCAUUCUCCCUACAUAUUCUCCAAUCACUAUGAUUGGCACUAAUAGCAAAAUGAGUGCCUACUACUCAAUGAUUUCCAAGUCCAAUUUCUCCAGUCAAUUAAGCAGUCAGAGAAAUGUGUUUCAAAGUAAAUCUAUUUCUUAGAACAGCCGUGCUGUCUUGUGUUACAUUCCCACUGAUGUUUGCUCUCUCUAGAGGAGAAACCUGGAUAUAGAAAGCUUAAAAAUCAAUAUCCAGCAAUCCUCAGAAAUGUUUUCCUUUCUUUAAUUUAAAGAGUGUGGACCAAACCUCUGAGUAUGCUGUCUCUGCAGCUUUUUCCCUUCAAAAGUCAAGGUAUCCACAGGAGCCUUGUGGUCCUGUGACAAGUUUGGAAACUGUGGAACACCUGCAAGAUCACGAUGAGGCCUGUGAGGAAGGCGAGCUGAAAUAGCUCUUGAUCCAGCAUUGUUCUGAUCUGAACAGGCUCUUGCAAAACUUGAGACCAUAAGAAACAGUUCAUAGUAAGAUGUCUUUUAUCUAGUGGAGAAAGGCAUAAAAGGAAUCAAUUGCUGGAGUUCAAGGUAGGUCUUAAUUAGCAUAUCUAAGAGAAGGAUAAACUCUCUGUCUCUUGGAAAUGUCACCUCAAAACAAGGAUGAACAUUGCCCUUGAAGACACAUUGUGUGGUCAAAUACAAUUAGUGGGCUGUAGGAAACUGGGUGAAAAUACCUGAGGUAUUUUUAAUAAUAGGCCAGCUGUGAAAAUGGAGUCGCUCUGUGUAACUUCCAGAUCCAUGAAUAACUUUGUGGUUUUACUUCAAUUCCUAUGCAAAAUUUUCCUCACUAAUUAUCUAACUAAAUAUUCCCUUUCUAAUGCCUGCAGCCACAAGUGCUCACUGAAAUUUGAAAACAAAAAAAGAGACAUUAUCUCCCCCCAGUGCUGGAAGUACAUCUGCAGUGUAAAAACCUGACAGGAGGCAGCAUUUUAAAACCUGAGUUCACCAUUCUUUUAAGACUCCAAAGUUGAGCCUUACAGAAUGAAGACAUGUCUCAAGAGCAUCCACUUCAAUACAGGAAGUCAGCUGUUUCACUUGCAAUCACCAAGGGUUCAACUAAUAGCACAGAAUACACCUAUCUGCUUACCGUGCACCAUCUGAAUGCAUUAUACAGCGUAAUGGCUCAAAAGGAGCUGUUUUUGCAAUGGGUGGAAAAGUUGCUUUACUUGUUUUUCUUAUUUUUGUUUGCCCUGUUUUGUUUCCUGUUCUUUUAUAGACCAAGAUAAGAACAGAACAGUUAGGAACGUAUUCCACUUUCUGUUGCAGAUCAGUUUUCAGUCAUUUUAGAUUUUAGACAGUCUACCUGGCAUGUGAUAUAACUAUCCCAGAGUCUUGGUAGUUUAUACUUACUUACCCAUAUAUUUUUUAAGCAAGUCAUGAGUCUUCAUCCUUAUGAUAGCCCAAGAGCUGCUCAGUAACUGGAUGAAGUCCAAAAUGCAACUGGAUCUGAUGAGCGAUGGAGAAGAGGAAGUUUUCCUCCUGGAAAAGCCUUCUGCAGCCCCUCUCAAGUAUGAGCGGUUUGAUGACUUGUGCAGCUACCUGGAAUACAAAACAGAAAGUUCUUCUGUCCAAGAAUACCUACAGCACCUUUUGCAGGAUGAAGCUGUGAGCUAUGGGAUAGUGGAAGGCCUUAGACUUGAAGACAUCAAGGAAACAAGUGAUGGAGCUGAGACACAAGCAGGUGAAAGAAAACCGAAUAAGGCAUCAGAAGGCAUUAGAGCUUCAGAGGCAAGAACAGUCCCCGAAGAAAUCACUUCAGUCUGCGGCCUGGCUCCAAGCACAGGAGGAGGACAGAAGGAAGGCCCUGAAGGCCAAGAAGGAGGAGAUCCAGAGGGAAAUCUUGAAGCUGCAAAGGAAAAUGGCUGAGAAGCGGGCCAUGGCAGAAGCAUGGAGAAUUUAAGAGGGAGAGGGGGGCAUGGGAAGAGCCGUAUGAAGAACACUUACCAGCUUCUUUUGCUAAAUGUAAGAGGAGUGGUGGUCCCAAAGGAAACAUCUGCCAUUCCUCUGUCUCUGAACUCUCCCAAAACCUUUUACUCCUAUGUUAUCAACAUCAGUGGCAGAGUUUAUCAUUAGUGGUGUCCUGGAUUCAGCUGUAACAGUUAUUUUUCUCCCUCCUAGAAGCUGAUGCAGUGCCAUGUUUUCAACUUUAGUCUGACAACAGUGCUGAUAACACACCAAUGAUUUAGUUGUUGCUCAGUAACG